GUGUUUGGUAUUUAUCUACCGAGCAUAUAAAGAUGGGAUAUUGUGAACAUAGGUUCAGAAUGAAACGACAAAAUGUGGCGAAUAGGUGUAUUGUUAGUGGCUACUGUUUGCAUCGAGCUCGCUGCCGGUGAUGUCAAACCGACGGACACCAACCUAAUCAAUCGACUGAAGCGCUCUCCGAACUCCUGUGACUACGACUACAGGCCGAGGUACUGGCCUCCACCUCCACCACCACCGCCACCGCCACCGCCGCCACCAUAUUGGCCACCAGGACCACCGCCUCCAGGACCACCGCCUCCAGGACCACCACCAUUCUGGCGACACCGUCACCACCACCAUGAUCGCUUCGAAGAUUUCACUGAUGAUGGGCCCAAAGACCAGCCAUGUCCCACAUGUCAAGGAGAUGGAAUUUCUUCGGCUAUCAGUAACGCCAAGAGUGAAAAUGGAGACGCGAUUGCUGUAGCUAUUGCCAAGGCUCCUAAUACGAAACAUUGAGCUAAUUGACUGGAGGAUUGUUGAUGUUUAAUGGAUGGUCACAGAUGAGCAAAGGUCUUCUUCAUAUUCAGUUCAGCUCUAAGUCAACGAGCAGGAUGGAGUUACAUUAGUGAUAAAUACUGAUCAAAGUAAGAACGGUGUAAUUCGCUGACUUUGCGCUCGUUUGAAUCCAUCCUUAAAUAAAGUUUUAGGUUAUUCAAUAAAGUCUGUUUAUGUAUUAAGUGUUAUGUAAUAGUAAGUACAAUUAAUUACAAUUGGCAUCAGGCCUGA